AUGAGCAGCAAGGUCGAAGAGCCUCCCCCGUAUGGCGGUGCUCCUCCACCCGUGGCCCCGAAGCCUUCCUACGGCGGCGGUCCUGCGCCAUUCCCAGAUGAUCAGCAGCGCGGCUACCAGCAGCCAUAUUAUCAACAACAACAGCAGCAGCAGCAGCCAUACUACCAACCCGGUCCUCAGAUGGGCUAUUACAAUCAACAGCAAGGACAGUACCCCCCUGGACAAUAUGGACCCCCACAGGGACAGUUCCAGCCGGGUUACCAACCCUAUCAGACCUAUCAGCCUCAACAAAGACAAGACAAAUCGUCUGGUAUCAUGACUGGUUUAUUAGCAGGGUUGGCAUGCUGCUGCUGCCUGGACUGCCUUUUCUAA